AUGUUCGGNCAGAAUACGGUGGACGAACCCGUGGUGGUGAACCCGGUGCCUGCUGACGAUGAGGCUAACGAAGACGACGAUGACGACGACGACGACGACGACGAUGACGGACUAGACUUGGCCGCCGACGAUGACGACGACGACGAUGACGAUGACGUCAUCGAUGACGACGACGAUGACGACGACGACGAUCUCGAGGAUGUUCUUGAAGUCAAACGAUCACGUGAGUCUAGAUCGCAUAGUAAGAAAUCGCACAAGCGAAGGAAAAAUUUAAAACACGCGGCCAAAGUCGCCAAAACUAACAACAAAGUCCGAUGGAUAUCGAAGAUGAAGAAUCCUAUAUUCUGGGCAGUAAUCUGCCUGUCGAUCGUUUACGGAUUAGCGAAUCCAAUUUCACGAUCGGAUGAAAAUCCCGUGGAUGCAAAAUCUUCGAAAGAAGAAUCGAAGCAACAAGUCGAACCUCAAGGUAAAGGAGUCCUUGCAAAAGGUAAACUUGAAGAAGACACUACCGGUGUCUUUCAGAAAGAAAGUGAACUUGCCAAAAGUGCAGCAGCGCCCGCAGAAGAAAGCAAAGCGGUUGCAGAAACAAAGUCUAUGGAAAAAGUUGAAAAUGGAGACAAGAAAGCUAAAGCAAUUGGAAGGCAGUCAGGCAAUGAAGAAGAUGAUGACGAUGACGAUGACGAUUUAGACCUGGGGGUCGAUGACGAUGAUGACGACGACGACGACACAGCUGCAGACGACGACGACGAAGAUGAUUAUUUCGAAAGCUUCUUUGACGAUAUUUUAGGGGGAGACGAUGACGACGAUGACGAAGAUGAACCUGCAAGUUCUCCUGCAGCAUCUCAACCAGUAGAAGCUGCCCAGGAAGUGUCUCAAGAGACCGUCGCGGAACCGUCUGUCGAAGAAGCUGCCGAAGAAGCGUCAGCCGCCGAGUCCGAGACGUCCUCAGAGGGUACGGUUGUAGAACAAGAGCAAACGGGUGACGAGACCGUAGGCGAAAAAGACCCGAACGACCUUAACGAAUCGUCACAGAAUACGGUGGACGAACCCGUGGUGGUGAACCCGGUGCCUGCUGACGAUGAGGCUAACGAAGACGACGAUGACGACGACGACGACGACGACGAUGACGGACUAGACUUGGCCGCCGACGAUGACGACGACGACGAUGACGAUGACGUCAUCGAUGACGACGACGAUGACGACGACGACGAUCUCGAGGAUGUUCUUGAAGUCAAACGAUCACGGGCCUUAGAAAAUGGUCAAACCCAACUACCAUCGGCUUAUAUAACGAAAUAUAAUCGUUUUGUGGACAACAUCGUUGGAAGAAUAAACCGAAUUCUUAUGAAAUCGUACGAUCCAGUCAGGGUCAAACUUCAAUCAAAAUCAUCAUCCACCAAGACAAAAUCGACCACGAAACGUCGUAAAACGAAUAAGAAGACCAACACCCAAGCGGACAAAUCGGCACCGAGGGUCCCACCUAGCGAGCUUCAUAAAAUGGGAAAUUACGAAAUCAGCAGAUCCAUAGAAAGUGAAUCAAGAGAACCACCUUAUGUACUAGUCUCAAAAGCUGGAACCAUUUCAUCUUAUAAACCAACAACAGAAAAAAUGGAAACAAAAGCGAAAAGUAGCAGAAAGAGUACGCGUAAAAAUAGCAACAAGAGGAAAAAAGAAAACAAAGGGAAGAACAAUUCUACUAACAAGAAACAACAAAAAACAAGAGCCACUUUGUUCGGAUUAAGUUCCAUAAGAAGAGAUGGUGAUGUUGCGGUCAAUAUGAUGGCAGAUCAUACAACUGUCAAAGCGAAUUUUCUUUUGGGACCUUUGACUUUGAGAGUUGAAAAAGAGUUUGGCAAAGGCGAAAGAAGAGAAUUAAAGAGUGCAACCGCCACUACGGCCGAUAUGCAUGGAAAACUGACCUUGAAAAUUGUAAAUGGUGGAGCAGCAACAUUGCAUUCUAUAAAAGUAUUACAACCAAAGCAGGUUCGAAUUGAAAGUAAAGAAGAUAACGAUAAGACCCACAAAUACAUAUGGAAAAAGAGUUCCCAUAUUGCUGAGGUAGUUUCCCAAAAACUGGCAACAGCUACAAAAUCUAUGCUGAAACCACCUCCUCAUCCGUAGGCUUAUGCAAACUUUCUUUACAAUGUUAUUAAGGUAGACAAUUAAUAAAUCGAUAUUCGUGUGUAGUAUAAUACCUUAUGUAGUGAUUUUUUCAAGACUAUUAGAUAGAUUAAGUUAUUUAUUUAUUUAUUUAUUAGCCUAUUUUUUUAUAAAAGAAUAAGUUCUAGCGUUUUAUAAAGUGGUAGUACCUAACAUCUUAUUAAA